AACACCAUAUUACCAAUAUGUAAAAUACCCACGUAACUUGCGCAAAUACUUAGUUUACAGUUGACAAUAUGAAAACCCCCAACAGUCUGUUGGUACUUUUCGCGUUGAUUGCACAAGUUUUCGGCAGCCGCCUGUUCGACCGUUGUUUGCUGGCAAACGAACUCAUACGCUUCGAAGUGCCAAAGGAGCAAUUAGCGCGUUGGAUAUGUAUUGCUGAACGGGAGAGCUCAUUCCGCACGGACGCAGUCGGCCGCACAAACCUUGAUGGUUCCAAUGACUAUGGUAUAUUCCAAAUUAACAGCAGAUAUUGGUGUCAACCGGAUAAUGGCAGUUUAUCCUUCAACGAAUGUCGUGUUAGCUGCAAUGCACUGCUGACCGAUGAUAUAAGCGAGUCACUGCAAUGUGCGCUUUACAUUUUACGCCGGCAAGGUUGGCAAUCUUGGUCUACGUGGCAAUAUUGUAAUGAAACGCUGCCCAGUGUUGAUGAAUGCUUCUGAACUUUUGUAUAUUUUUUAUGGCUGAAAAUGUUUAAACUAUCGUUGUUGUUUGUUUUAAUUUGUCUAUAAAGGUUUGUUUUGUGGUAAAUUUUAGUAUUUUUGUUUAAAUUUAAUGAAAAACAUUUGCAUUACUCAA